GGGUUCUGAGGAGCGGUCACAUCAUUGCACAGAUGCGCUCGUGCAGACUCUGCAGAGGGUCUGUGGGCUCGCGCUCCGGCAGAUGUGCAGACAAUGGGGAAGGCACAGACAUUUCUUUUUGUUUUUCUCUUUGCAUCCUGUUUCCUUGUGAGCACUGCACAGCUAACAGGAUGCCAGGAUGAAAAUCCCCCAUAUGACAUUGUAUUCCUUGUGGAUAGUUCCAGCAGCAUCGGCACGCGGGACUUUCGCGAGGUAAAGACGUUCAUGCACACGUUUGUGGACGGUUUGGAAAUUGACACCAAAAAGGUACAAGUUGGCGUUGUUCAGUUCAGCACGGAUCCCCACAAAGAGUUUCUGCUGGGGGAAUAUGCUAACAAAGCGGAGCUGUUUAGGAAAAUAGACAACCUUCCAUACCGAACCGGAGGCACGUAUAUGGGAAAAGCCAUGAAUUUCCUAAAGGACAAUUACUUCACAAGUGCUGGUGGAAGCCGUGUCAGUGAAAAAGUGCCUCAGGUUGUAGUGGUGAUCACAGAUGGAGACUCAACCGAUGAUAUAAAGGGACCAGCUGAAGAUCUGCGAAAGAAGGGUAUUAUCAUUUUUGCCAUUGGUGUCGGUUCUACCAAUAUGACCGAGCUGAAGGCGAUUGCCAGCACCCCGCCUGAGCGUUUUGUGGUUAAUAUUGACAACUACCAAGCAUUGCAAGGACUGACGACCACUAUGAAGGAGACAGUGUGUGUCUUAAUGAGGGAUCAGGGGAAAGCUCUGGCCCCGAAGUUUACUGAUGUAUUUGUGUUGGUGGACAGUACAGCUCAGGGGGAAACACAGCAAAUAAGGGAACUUCUCAACCGACUGCUUGUGCAGCUCAAUGUGGGUGACGGAUCUAAUAAGAUUGCGCUGGCUCAGUUUGGUGAGAACGUCGUCAAAGAGUUCCUGUUUAAAGACUACCAAACAGCGCAGAAAGCCAGAGAGUUCAUAAAUCGGUUCGAGCCCAGGCUUAAUGGAGAGCGAAAAUUGGGAAAAGCCAUAGAUUAUGUUCGCACAAAUUUUCUGAACACAGUAUCUGGCAGCAGGAUCGCGAAAGGCUACAAGCAGUAUCUGCUGGUGCUGAGAACUGGAGACUCUUACGACUCUACUGUGAGGGCCAUACGAACAAUGAAGAAUGAGGACGUGUCCGUCAUUGAUAUCAGACUGGAACCAAAUUUACAAUCCUUGUUCCCCUCACUACGUGCCUUCCAGAUCGACCAAAAUGUUAUUGAUGUGGCUGCUGACGUCACAAAAAGAAUUCAGGAGAAAGAGGUUUUCAAUGUUACAGGAGAUUGCAGAUCAGCCCAAGUGGCGGAUAUUGUGUUUAUUGUGGACGAGUCAGGUAGUAUCACCCGAAACAAUUUUGAGCUGAUCAAACGUUUUCUCCACCGUAUUAUCAGCGGCCUAGAGGUGAACUCUGACAGCGUGAGGGUGGGAAUGGUGCUUUAUAACGACAGACCCAGCGCCGAAUUCUACCUGGACACGUUUGCUAACAAGAACGAUAUUAUGAACUACAUUAAAAUCAUUCCAUACAGAGGUGGAGGAACAGCAACCGGUGCAGCCCUAAAGUUCGCCCAGAACAAUCUGUUCACUCAGAAGAGGGGGAGCCGGAAAGCUCUGGGUGUUAAGCAGAUUGCCAUCGUCAUGACUGAUGGCGAGUCCGAGGAUGAUGUCACGACCACAGCUGCUGAACUGAGGCGCUCAGGAGUCACCGUGUAUGCCCUCGGAGUGAAGAACGCUAGUGUGGAGGAGCUCAAAAAAAUCGGAUCCUACCCAGAACAUGAGUUUGUGUUCAAUGUGGGAAGCUUCCUGAUGCUUUCAUCUCUGGAGAAGAGCCUCAGAAAGAGUCUGUGUAAGGUGGUGGUCAACAGACGAUUUGACAAGAACAACAGAUUGCUCCUAAAACAAGGAUGUGUGAACACAGAGGAAGCAGACAUUUAUUUCCUGUUGGACAACUCUGGCAGCACUCGCGCCGACUUUGAAGAUGUGAAGAAAUUUAUCUUAGGCUCCCUUCAGUUAUUCAACAUUGGACCAAAUCGAGUUCGUGUAGGAGUUGUAAAAGUCGACCGCAAUCCCACUCUUCAAUUCAGCCUGACAGAGCACAAAAACAGAGCUUCUUUUGAAGCAGCCGUGAGGGGAAUCAGUCAGCCUGUUGGAGGCUCAGAGAAAGGCAAAGCACUAAAAUAUGUGGCCAGUCUCUUUAAUCAGGCUAAAGCAUCCCGUCCAGCUAAAGUGCAGGAGAUUCUCAUUGUCAUUACUGAUAAGACGUCUCAAGAUGAUGUGGGGGAUCCAGCAGAAGAGCUGAGGAUUCAAGGGGUUUCGGUUUAUGCCAUUGGAGUAAAGGAUGCCAGCCAGGAUGAGCUCUUGAAGAUGACGGCUGAUGAAACUAAGGAUUUCUAUGUGACCAACUACGAUGCCCUGAAUGUUCUCAAGCGAGAAAUUGUCACAGAUAUUUGCUCUCAAGAGGCCUGCAAGAACAAAGUGGCAGAUAUCAUGUUUUUGAUUGAUGGUUCUUCCAGCAUUUAUGGCCCAGACUUUACAUCAAUGAAGACGUUUAUUACCAAAGUUGUAAAUGGGACCAUCAUCGGAGAAGACAGUGUGCAUGUUGGUGUUGUCCAGUUCAGCAAUAACCCACAGGAGCAAUUUCCCCUGAACAGGUACUUUGACCAAAAUGAAUUAGAAGAAGCAAUCGACGGCAUUGAACAGUUAACAGGAGACACAUACACAGGGAAAGCACUCUCGUUUAUUUCAAAGUAUUUUGAUGCAUCUAAUGGCGGUCGGCCAGACGUUCCACAGUUCCUGGUGGUUAUUACAGAUGGAGAAGCUCAUGAUGCUGUCGCCGUACCUGCAAAGGCCAUCAGAGACAAGGGUGUCACCAUCUUCUCCAUAGGUGUGGCCAGUGUAAACACCACACAGCUAUGGGAGAUCAGUGGUACUCAAGAUAAAGUGUAUGUGCAGAGGGAUUUCGAUGCGCUUCAUUCCAUCGACAAAAACCUACAAUUCAAGCUCUGCAGCUCUCACCCUGGCGGUUGUCCUAGCACACAGUUGGCGGAUGUGAUCUUCCUAGUGCAGUGCACCAGACAAAUUCGUCUCCAAGAUUUUGAGAAAAUUAAAAGCUUUUUAAUUUCUGUGGUGAAUAGCACACAAAUUGGGGAUAACCUAAUUCGCUUUGGAGUUAUCGUCUACUCUGACACGCCGAGUCAAUUCUCCUUAAAUCAGUACAACACUAGACGUCAAAUAGCGGAAGCCAUAACAAGCCUGAAGUCUCCAGCUGUAAGCGGAUACACGGCUAGGGCUCUUGCAUACUCUCUAACUUACUUCACUGAAGCCAACGGAGGACGCCAAAAACGAGGAGUCCCUCAAAUGCUGUUCAUGAUCACAGAUGGUGAUGCCAGAGACCGAGAAAACCUGCGUGCAAGGGCUGAUGAGUUUGCAGCCAAACAAAUAAAUGUGUAUGGAAUUGGAGUGGCUAGAGCUCAGGAUAGUGAGCUGGAGAUUAUUACCAAGAGCAAAAACAAAAUCUUUCAUGUUAAUAAUUACGACAACCUUCAAGAUCUGCAGAUGAAUGUCUCAGGUGUGCUCUGCAAUGCAACCAAACCAGUAUGCCAGAACGAGGUGGCCGAUCUUGUGUUUUUGAUUGAUGGAUCUGAAAGCAUCUCAGAGGAGUCGUGGAUUACAGUGAUUGCUUUCUUGCUAAAUGUUGUGGACAAGCUUCGUAUCGGUCCAGAACUUUUCAGAGUCGGCAUAGCCCAGUUCAGCAGCGUAUAUCAGAAAGAGUUCUACAUGAAUGAGUACAAAGAUGCUGAUGGGGUGAAAUCAGCAAUUCGACGAAUCACGCAAAUUAAAGAAGGGACGCUUAUUGGGAAAGCUCUAAGUAACGUUGUGGAAUUCUUCCAGGAAGACAAAGGGAGUCGCAAACAGAGUGGCGUACCGCAGAAUCUUGUUCUCAUCACUGAUGGCGUUUCAUCGGACAGAGUGAACGAAGCAGCUGAUCAACUCAGAAACCUUGGGAUUAACGUCUUUGCGAUUGGAAUUGGAGCUGUCUCAUUGCAGCAGCUCAGCUAUAUUGCCGGCUCACCGGACAGGUUGUUCAAAGUACAGAACUUCAACUACCUUAAUCUGACAACAGCUACGUUUGUUGAUGCCCUUUGCGUUCCUUUACCUUUAGCACAAGCAAGUUGUACUAUUGACAUUGGCAUUGGAUUUGAUAACUCCCGAACCAGUUCAAGUUCUCGCUCAAUCUUUAGAGACCAGAUGAAGCUGCAGACGUACCUGCCCGAGAUCAUCCGCUCCAUUUCAGAAGUUCACAACCUGUGCUGUAUUACUAAACCAACCAUCAAAACCAACAUAGGCUUCAGAUUGGUCGAUGCUACAGGAAAAAGGCUGGAUGAUUUUUCUUUUGAAGAGUAUGAUGUAGGAGUGUUAAACAAAGUGAUGGCACUUCAGACAUCCCAGUCUCUGAAAUUCAACAACCUGCUUCUGCGCUCUUUUGAAGAGAAGUUUAGAGCUUCGAAUUCUUUUGUAAAGGUGCUGAUCAUCUUUACAGAUGGGUUGGAUGAGCCUGUUGAGAACCUUUUGUCUACUGUCAAUAGCCUUAGGACAAAUGGUGUAAAAGCUUUGUUGACAGUAGCGCUGGAUGGAUAUAAAAGUACAACUGACCUGCAGAGGCUGGAGUUUGGUCGAGGGUUGCGCUAUAAGCAGCUGCUCUCCAUUGGCAUGCAAAGUGUGGCCAGUGUCAUGCAGAAGGAGAUUGAUAACAUUGCAUCGAGGGAGUGCUGUAAUGUGGCGUGUAAGUGCUCUGGUCAUGAGGGAUCUCGUGGUUUUCAGGGACUGCCCGGGUCAAAGGGAUUACCAGGACGGAGGGGAAAUUCUGGCUACCCUGGAGAAGAAGGAGGACAUGGUGAGCGAGGGCUUCCUGGUUUGAAUGGAACUCGAGGUAAUCAGGGAUGCCCUGGAAGAAGAGGCUUAAAGGGUGGCAGAGGUUACAGAGGUGAAAACGGAGAAGAGGGAGAUAAUGGAUUAGAUGGGGUUGAUGGUGAACAGGGUAAAACUGGAGCACCGGGAAGUCCAGGAGAGCGAGGAGAUCCAGGCAAUCCGGGUCCAACAGGUAUUUCAGGAAGCUCAGGAAGCCCAGGACAACGAGGCCUGAGAGGAGAUCCGGGUAAUUCAGGAUUGGAUAACAAUGCCCGCGGUCGUAAAGGUGAUGCCGGCAGUGCAGGCAUGCAGGGUGAUCCAGGCCCAGAUGGUCUUGCUGGCCAAAGUGGAGAAAAUGGCAGACCAGGUCAAUCUGGCAGAAGAGGGACGGCAGGUCUACCGGGUCCCAGAGGGCCUCCAGGAGAUCCAGGUUUACAAGGACUUCCAGGGGGCUCGGGUCCACAGGGCCCUUUUGGUCCUCCUGGUCCAGUUGGGCAAAGAGGUUUUGUUGGUCUGCCUGGACCUCAGGGAUCGCCUGGCUCUCCAGGGAGGCCAGGAACUAAAGGAAGCCUUGGAUCCAGAGGACAGAAGGGUCAACCAGGUGAUCCUGGAGAAAAGGGGUCUUUAGGGUCUGCAGGUUCCAGGGGACUGCCGGGAAAAGAUGGCAAUGAUGGCUAUGGAUAUCCAGGACUCAAAGGACAGAAGGGGGAUUCUGGUUUUCCAGGAUAUCCUGGACUUCAGGGUGAAUUGGGCUUUAAAGGCACAAACGGAGGUGUUGGUCCUAAAGGCAGCAGAGGAAGAGGGGGCAAUGCUGGUAGGACGGGACCACCAGGAGAUCCUGGCAGUGGGGGGAUGACUGGACACAGAGGCCCGAAAGGACCACGAGGAGCCAGACAGAUGUCUGACUGUCAGCUGAUCUCAUAUGUUCGAGACAACUGUAUGUGCUGCAAAGACAACAUAAAAUGUCCGGCAUACCCCACUGAUCUUGUGAUUGGCAUGGACAUGUCUGAAGAUGUGACCCCUCAAGGCUUUGAGCGCAUGCGUUCUGUGGUCCUCAGACUGCUGGACAACAUGAAAAUUGCAGAGAGUAGCUGCCCGACAGGGGCUCGAGUGGCUCUGGUGUCCUACAGCUCAUUCACCAAAUACCUGAUCCGCUUUAACGACUACCACCGCAAGAAGCAGCUUAUCGAUGCCGUCAACAACAUCGCCCUGGAACGCACUUCAAAUCGCCGCAACAUUGGCGCUGCCAUGCGGUUUGUGGGCAGAAAUGUUCUGAAGCGAGUGCGAAAAGGCAUCCUGAUGAGGAAGGUUGCCAUUUUCCUCACUGCUGGAGAAUCUCAAGAUUCGAUAUCUCUCACCACUGCCAUUCUAGAGUACAAAGCCCUGAAUAUUAAACUUGGGGUCAUUGCUCUGAGGAAUGUCCCUGCUAUCAGGAGAGCUUUUGAGGCAGAUGAGAGCCAGAGUUUUAUCCUGACUGUUCUGGGUAGAGUGCAAGACCAGAAUGCUACUCUUAGUAAGAUCCAGAGUUGUGUUAUUUGCUAUGAUCCCUGCAGACCAGCUAGAGAAUGUGAGGGCACCAACCUGCCAUCUGCACCUCAGGAGCUGGACAUGGACUUUGUGAUGGUUGUGGACGGGUCCCGUAGCAUCCUGGCUGACGAGUUCAAGGGUGUCAAGGAGGUGCUCGGCGGUGUGCUCGAUCAAAUUGUUGUGAGCAGUCAACCCACCAGGGCUGACAGACAGGCCAGAGUGGCUCUCUACCAGCAGACGUCUACCUAUAGUGACCCCCAGCCUGCACACGAGAUAUUCAGCUUACGUGAGUUCUCUGAUCGCAAUCUAAUGAAGACAAGCAUCAUCCAAAAACUAAAGCAAACCGGAGGAUCUCAUGAACUGGGUUCUACUUUGGAGUUUGCUUUCAAGAAGUGUUUCAACGCAGUUCCAGAAAGUCGCAAGAACAAGAUGCUGCUGGCCAUCAUUGGGGAGGAGACAGCGUUACAGGAGAAAAAACGUCUGGACUCUUUCUCCAGGUUGGCGAAGUGUAGCGGCAUUGUUCUUUUCACCUUGACAGUGGGAGACUCCAUCGCCUCUAGUCAGGUGGAGGAGCUUGCCAGCUAUCCUUUAGAACAGCACAUCAUUCACCUGGGCCACUUGAAACAUGGAGAACAGGAGUACACACAACGCUUCAUGAGGACUUUCUUCCAUAUACUGAGCAAGAAUAUGAACACCUACCCUCAUCCAUCACUCCAGAGUCAGUGCAGGAAUUUUCAAGAAAGUCCAGGCCAGCGUUUGGACUUUGAAGCUGCAGAGAGACCAGUGUACAGGGUUCCUGUGCUCUCCACUGUAUAUCCAGAUGUUCAAGUAGAAGAGGACAUGGAGGAAGAAGAUACUGCGCCAGAGACUGAGGACCAGCAGUCUUCAGGUCGUGGAGACUCAAUAAUCCAAUCUCCUGCUGACAAUACAGACAGUCUGUGUCGCCAGAGUUCUGACCGUGGCACCGUCUGUGGUGAUUAUAUGCAACGCUGGUAUUACAAUCCAGCAGUCCGUGGUUGUUUACCCUUCUGGUACGGCGGCUGUGGUGGUAAUGGUAACCGUUUUAGUUCAGAGAGGGAGUGCCUUCAGACCUGUGGUAAAAAAAAUCCUGAAGUAAUCCCACAGACACAAGUUGAAACGGCUUUAUUUAAUGAUGCCUGCCUCAUGAAACAGGAUGUGGGGCCCUGCAGUAAUUAUGUUUUAAGCUGGUAUUAUGACAUCCAGCAGAAUGAAUGCUCUCAGUUCUGGUUUGGAGGAUGUGAAGGAAACAAAAACAGGUUUGAAACGCGGGCGGAGUGUGAGGCCCUUUGUCUAAAGGACAUUCAACCUGUAUAAAACAUUUUGAACAGACUUUCUUCACCUUUUGAAUUUAGCAAUUAUUUUCUUGAAGCCUGAAAAUUGUACUUGUGCAGGUCUGUCUACAGCAACAAAAGAAAUCCAUACACAAACAGGAAAUAUUUAUCGUUUUGCUUUGUUCACGGCAAUUAUGAAGUUAAGCAUUGUGUCUAGACAUUAUAAGUGUGUAGAAUAAUCUCUGUAAUACUUUACAAUAAGGUCAUAUUUGUUAACAUUAAUGUGUCAGUUACUGAGAAACUAACAGUAAAUGUUUUAUAACAUUAAUCUUUAUUAUUGUUAGUGGAUAAAUCAAUAGAUUAUUGAUAAUGUGCAUUAAAACAGUGAUGCCCAAUCUUUUAUCACCGUGGACUGGUCAACGCUUGACAGUUUUACCUAGGCGUGGGUGGUGGGUAUAUGUAGAUUGCUAGGCGACCAUCAACCAUUUUUUCAUAGGAUGACAAGCUGACAAAACAUUGCAGCACUUCUGAUGAAAGUUUUAUUUUAUAGAGAAAUUAAAUGAUUAAAAAAAACACACUGAAGCUGAUUGGUCAGUUCUCGUCAUGUGACUUGUGGUGUGCUUGCAGCAUUCUGAUGAUGUUCAACUGGGUUAGGGCAAAGAACAUAGAAUCACCAAGAGAAAACACUCUAGUACAAUUUGGGAAACAGCCACUAGAGGGCGCGGCGGCCAUUUUGGAAUGAAAACUCUAAUAGAACAACAGCAUAUUAUAAGUCUGUAAAAUAAACUAUUAAAAGUGCUGAUGAUUGUGGUAGUAAGUGUUGUAUUGUAAUAAAUAAAAAACAAAGCAGCUGCUUGCCAUCGCGAUAGCAAUAAGAUCCAAUGGAAAGCCGACUGCUUUCACUCCAAAAUGGCGGAAUCCGGGGCUGUUGCUGGGCGCUGCUGUUGCAAUUGAAAGUUCUAUUGGGCAUCGCCUCUUGGUCAUUCCAAGCUCUUUGGUUAGGGUUAGGUCCAGCCGCUUGCACGUGUCGCUCAAUAUAUGGGUGCACAAGCCAUGCACCUCCAUUGGAAAUAUAGAAUUUGUGCGGCGAAAAGAUGCAAUAUUAGAAUGGCUGCCGUCGUUUGCAUUUCCAGCAGUUGAUCUUCUUCUUGCACAGACAUGCAGGAUUCACCCAAUUUAUUGACAAAUGGGUCGACCCAUACUGCCUUUGGUCCUUCUCUGAGCCUUUUCCCCUUUUGCCAAGAAACUUUUUAAAGACGUCUGUUUCUUAAUUAUUUUGUUAGCGUGUGUUAAAUUUUUGGCAUACAGUUGUAACCGAGAAUACGGUCAUUUUUCAAAAUAAAAGAUUUUUUUUUAAUUGUAAAAAUAUGAAGAAUAAAAAAUAAUCUGAAAUAAAGAAUGAAUUUUUCUGUUUCUUCGGUAAUAAUUGAUCAGACUGGUACCUGGGUGUUGGGGAUCACUGCUUUAAGGGCACAAUAUUUAAAUUUUUCAUAAAAAAUCCAAAAACCACUAGAACAGUUUUUUGCAUUUUUGCUGAUUUACGUACUUACAUUAUCCCAAAUAUUUUGAAUAAUGCUCAUAAUAUAUUUUAUCUAGUGACAUGGACACAUCAUUGUAUCACCAUGCAAAUCAAGUCACAACCCCUCAAUUUCUUGUUCGGUUUUAUGGAAAACAGGGAAACACCUUCAUCAAACCAAGCCUUUGUUGUGAAUUUGCAACUUCUAGUGGUGAAAAUUACAUAUUGUGCCUUUAAGAAAUUUUUAAGAAUUAAACUUGAUUAAAUGUUGCUAAAUAGCAUUAAAAUAACAUCAAAAAUAAAAUUGUUAGCUCAUAUCAACAGAUGUUAAAAAAUGUUACUUUAUUGUAAUGCAUUACCAAAUUACAAAUGUACAUAGACAUAGUUUUUUAGUAAAUAUGUUUUGUGACGGCACCAAUAACGUGCAAUAAGAUGUUUGAUAUGAUGUAUGAAAAUAAUUUUUAAAUUGCUAUACUUCACGUUUGAUGAGGUCUGUGCAUUUCUUAGGCUUUACAAAUUGUGGAAAAAUUCCUUGCAAGCCAUUUUACUUUUGUAACCUGAUGUAUAUGUGUGUAUGUUUAUGUAAAACCAGGUUUUUCAAAAAUAAAAUAGUAGGGUUUGUACUUGA